AUGGCUACAUCACCUAAGGAUACCAAUAAUGAACCUCAUCAACAACAGCUGAAACAGUUGACAGAAAACUGGAGAAAAAAUAAUCGUCGUGGUCACGGAUUUUAUGCGAAGAAGCCUGAUACAUCAAUAAUGAAUAAUUUAAAAUAUACACUGGUAGUAUAUUCAACAACAAUCAAUGAUGGUCUUUCCGUACCACAUCUACCUGUUCCUAAUUGGCUAAAUGUUGCUAUUGAAACAUUGAUUUCGAUUGAAUUGAUUCGUGAAUCAUCAUCAUUAUCAUCAAAAAUAUCAACACCGUUAAUUAAUGAUAUAAUUAAUUUCAUUGCUCAAUGA